AUGACAUUCAAACAAAAAGAAACGGGAAAAAGUGCACAUGUUUUAACUAAUGAUUCAACAUUAAGUAAAAAUACAGUUGUAUUAAAUGAAAAUAAUGAAGAAAGUGAUGAAGAAUUACCUAUAGAAAAGCAAAAUUUUAAAAUAAAAGAAAAAAGUGAUGCAGAUUUUGAUAAAGAAGAACUUGAUCGAUCAUCAUCAGCAUCCACACCCAAAUCAUCAGAAAAUGUCGUUCAAGUAGAAACAGAACCUGCACCUGCAUCUAUUCAACCAGAUAUCUCAAGUACCACUACAUUAAUGGAUGAAUUAAUGGCAGGUACAAGACGAAACAAUAAAAAACAUCAUAGUAGUCAUUCAAUUUCAAGAGAAUCUCAAACACUUGAUUUAUUAGAAAGAUUUCGUGUAAAAGUUCAUACUGCUAAAGAUGAACAAAUUAAUGAACCUUUAAAUGUAACAUAA